AUGGGAAAGUCUUUUAAACCUAAAGAGAAAAAAGGUUAUUUACCCCUUCCGGCAACUUUUAAUAACAUCCAAUUGAAACAAAGGAAUCUAAGUCUUUGGAUAAUAACUUUCAUAGUGAUAAUUCUUUGGUUAAAUCCUUUAGGUAUUUCAAUAUCAUUAUUUCAAAAAUCUUCAUCCAAUAAGUAUCCGGAACCUCAUCCUUUUACAAGUCCUCAUAAAGUUACUACUACUUCCAAAUACAUUUUCCCUCCAGUAGAACAUGCUCCAUUAUUAAAAGAAUUAGGUAGAUCCAAAUUAGUUAAAGAAUCAAGAGUUAGAGAUGCUAAUCAUCCAGAAAUUGAUGUUAGUUCGAUUGUUUCAUUGAAUGCUUUUGAUAAUGUCGACCCAUCUAUUCAAUUAUCUAAGGAAAAGGAUGAAAAUGCUGCUUCAGAUUUAUCUAAAGCCAAAAAUACCUUCAAGAAUGGAGAUAAAAUUGUUUAUAAGCCAAAAAAUGACAAAAAUUAUCCUGAAAUUGUUAUUGUUACAGCUAUUGACUUUGAAAAAUAUAGUUUAGGUGGAUUAACUAAUAUUGUUCAAAAUAGAAUUGAUUAUGCUCAUGAUCAUAAUUAUGGAGUUUAUAUUCGUUGGUAUGAAGAAUUUUUACCUUGGAUAAAUUCUUUCUCCAAUUUUGAUAAUAAACAAAAGAAGAAAUGGAUUAGAACUUAUUGUUUAAGAGCUGCUAUGUUUGCAUUUCCUAAAACAAAAUGGUUCUGGUAUUUUGAUGAAGAUGGAUUAAUCAUGGAUACAUCAAUUAAUUUGAAAGAUUAUGUUUUAAAAGAUGAUGUUUUAAGUCCAAUAAUGUUAAGAGAACAACCAAUUAAUCCUCAAAAUGGUAUAAUAAAAACCUAUAAAUCAUCAAAACCCGGUUCAGUUAAAUUGAUUAUAACACAAUCUAACGAUAAAAUUGAAACUAAUUCUUUCAUAAUUAAAAAUGACGAUGUAGGAAGAUCAAUACUUGAAUUUUGGACUUGUGAUUUAUUCUUUGAAUAUCCAAAUUUCCCCUUCGGUCCUGAUUCGGCCUUAACUCAUAUUUUACAAUGGCAUCCUUUCUUAUUAAGUAAAACUGCUAUUAUACCUGCAAGAACUAUAGCUGCAAGACAUAGUACCACUCCAAUUGCUGAAGGUGAUCAUUUACAUUAUGUUAAAGGUGAUUUUACCGUUUCAUGGACUGAUUGUAAAAAAGAACAAUGUGAAGCUACUUUAGCAUUUUAUAAUUCCGUGCUUCAUCCUGCUAGUAGUUAG